GUCCUCCGGCCCGGGAUAUUGACGGCGACCACCCAACCAGCCACUCACAGAGUUCACGCCGUGAAUUAGCUAGCGGCGGCAGCGCGGCAACCACACGCCCGCCCGGGCGCCCCCCUCUGCUCCCGCAAGGCUGCAGCCGAUCCCGUCGAUCUCCUCCGCACCGCACCGCAGCCCCCCCAACCACAGCGAGAGGAGAAAGGAAGAGUCGUACAUGCAGGGAGGCGGCGGCGUGAGCUGCGCGGUGGCCGGCGAGGCGCCGACCCCCGGGCCCCGGCGGCGCCUGGGCCUGACCAUCGACCCCGCGGGCGACGUGGAGGCCCCCGCGGAGCGCGUCGGGCGGCUGGUCCGCGAGAGCCCCGUGGUGAUCUUCGCCCGGCGCGGGUGCUGCAUGUGCCACGUGAUGCGGCGGCUGCUGGAGGCCGUGGGCGCGCACGCGACGGUGAUCGAGGUGGAGGAGGCCGCCGAGGAGGCCGCGGCGUCGGCGGCCGCCGCCGCGGCCGUGCCGGCGUUGUUCGUGGGCGGCGCGCCCGUGGGCGGGCUGGACGGGCUCAUGGGGCUCCACCUCAGCGGCCUCCUGGUCCCGCGCCUCCGCGAGGUCGGCGCGCUCUGCGGCUAGGGGCCGGGCCGCGCGUCGCCGGCCGGCCGGGCCGACGACGAACCUACCCACCCCGCCGGAGCAGCCGCGCGCGGCGGGUCGGCUUGCCGUGCCUCUGUAGAUACACGGGUACGCUAUACGUUACGUAAUUUAGGUGGAAGUCGAGGGGGGGCGGGGUAAAAUGGACAGUGACGUUAGUAAGACGUCGUCGCGUGCUGUACACUUGGGGUGCUUUUGCUACGGGGCUGGAGGCGAGAGGGUUGGCUAAAGCUGAGGGCUCCCGCGAGAAAUGUCUGGGUCUAAAUGUAAUUAAUACGUUUCUCUUGUACAAGUCCGGUCAAUUUCACCUCCCUCUCUCUCUCUCUUUCUCCUCUCGCUUGGCUUGAUUAGCUGUGAUUGACAGCGUGACGUGCGUAUGUAUGCGACUUCAGUCGAAAGUAAUUAAGGAAGGCAGAGGAGAUGAAUU